CGGCAUCCUCAGUCCGGUCUUCAGUCAGCAACUUUUAUUUAUAUCUUUCAUUGUAAGUGAUCCUGUUAUGAUGUAGUCAUGGCAGAGAAGAAGAUCAGAAAGAGAGAUUGCGUCAAGCUCUCCAAUAAGAUCAUCGAACGCUGCGAGUUGCCGAUCCCCCGCGUCACUAGCAUCGAUGGCAUCCGCUCCAACUUGUUCACCAGCCUGCUGCAGGUGCUCUACCAUCGGGUACCCGAAGGCAUCAUCGAGACGCCGACCAACACCGAGGAGGAGGUGGCCAACGUGCAGGCGAUCAUCAACCACCUGGCGCUCGACCUGAUCCACAUCGAUCUCUCGCACAUCUCGGGCGCCGACGUCAUCGCUGGCGAUCCGCGCGCCAUCUAUAACCUGCUGGAGAUCUUCUGCGGCUUGCACAAGUACCUCAGCUCCACGUCCAUUGAAAACUCAAUUGGUAGAAUACCGGACUCGGACUGA